UUAAACUUGUUCGAAGGUCUAUGUUACUGCUCUGAUGAUUUGGUGUUGAACUCUGCCGGUUAUCGCUUUCUUAUGUGCUUAUGGGUGCCUUCCUGGAAAAACCCAAAACAGAAAAAGUAGUUAACGUGGGAGAAGGAAACGGACUUCGGUAUGCCAUUUCAAGCAUGCAAGGAUGGCGAUUAGAAAUGGAAGAUGCCCAUGUAGCUAAGUCCGAGCUCCCCAGUCCUUUCCAAUACUGGUCGUAUUUCGGCGUAUUUGAUGGCCAUGCAGGAUCUCGCGUUUCAGAGCUUUGUGCAGCCAAGUUGCUAGAUGCUAUUCUUAACACAGAAGAAUUUCAGAAGCUUAGCUUUGAUAAAGAGCUUGAUACAUCUUUGGUCAAGAAAGGCAUCAUUAACGGGUUUUUAUCAUUCGACCGAGACUUAGCAUCUGAUGAUUCCGAUGAAAAAUCUGGCUCUACAGCAGUAAUUGCCUUUGUCACACCAACCCAUAUAAUUAUGGCGAAUUGUGGCGAUUCGAGAGCAAUACUUAUUCGCGACAACAAAACCUUCCUAGCGACCCAAGACCACAAACCAUAUAAUCCCAUAGAAAGUCGACGAAUUUCUGAAGCUGGCGGCAAAGUCAUGUUGUCUCGUGUUAAUGGAUCCCUGGCUGUCUCCAGAUCUCUGGGUGACUUCGAAUACAAACAAGUGCUUAAUCGCGGAGCGACAGAGCAGCUUGUUUCUCCUGAACCAGAUAUAUUCAUUGUUGAACGCAGAAAAGAAUUCGAUCAAGUUCUUCUUCUUGCUUGUGAUGGAAUUUGGGACGUGUUUGAAAACGACACUCUCACUACAUACGUCCUUCAUCGGUUGUGUUGCUUACCAUCUUUGGCAGAUGUUUGUUCAGAAAUUCUCGACACUAGUUUGCACAAGGGUAGUCGUGAUAAUAUGAGUGUCCUCCUGGUAGCGCUAGAUGCCGCUCCAACUGUGAAUCCAGAGGCAGUUUGUAAAGAAAUGGAAUUAGAUACUUCCUUAAACAAUAUGAUUGUUGAUAUAAUUAAUUCAGCCGGCGAAGAUGCUAACUUUUUGAAUGUGGAUUAUGUCGCCAGUGCAGUUAAAAGUAUGAAUCUUCCCAAUUAUCCUCCGGGUGGCUUCAACACCAAACGCGCUUAUGUAGAGAACUUUUUCAAUACUCAUUUCCGACAGAAUAAGUUGUUAUAUAGUUUACACUAUUUCACCAUAGUUUUCUCAACUCAGCGUACUAUUUGUGUCUAUAGUUUUACAAAUAUAUUUGGAAAAUAUAGGGAAUUAAUCACUGUCUAUAAUUGAUAAAGUAAAAAAAGGUUCAUUCUUUAUAUAACUACUGACAUAAUCUUUUUGUAACAAGUAAUCGUUUAAACCAAUUCCAGUUAGCUUGUGUUAGUAUCUAACUUAUGUCUUUAAAUAUUCAAACUUGAUUGACUCAACGUUUUUUUAACUGGUUAUUUACAAUAAUAUAAAUUUCAAUGUUUAUGUAAUACCAAAGUUUUGGAUAGAUAAAGCAGAACUUAAAUGCUUUUUGGUUGUGCUCUGUAACGGUAAAUUCAGUAUUUUAUAAAAUAGCUUACCCCAACAGUGUUUACUUUUUUGGACAGGUUGUGAACUAACUAAACCUAGAAAUUUUUUAUUGAUUGUUUCAAUUAUUUAUGUGCUGUUUGUUGUUUAAGAUCUCAAAGUCAUGAGUUUGUAGCGAAAUCUAGUUUAUUAUUGUGCAAUGUUGAAUAUUUUAUCACGUAUUAGUAGGGUUUUACACACUGAUGUUUACAUCACUUUCAGUAUUUUCACACAAAUUUCCAUUACUCGAUUUAUUGUUAUGUACAUCGCUCGUUAAUUUAGACAUAGAGUUUUAGGAACUUGACUUCUAAUGAAAAGCUGCUCGCUGUAACCAAUGUAUUUUAAAUAGAUAGUAUUUUUUACUAUCCUACAACAAAUCGUACCUCCACCUGUUGUACGAACUUGUGUGUAAGUACUAAUUUCAGUGUGUGGGAAUACGCUUUGAUGGAUAGUUUUGGACCACUCAUAUUUAUUAAUAUUCAUUAGAGAACUUUGUUUUUGUACAUUCAUAGUGACUAAUAUCGUGAAUGUUUUGUCUUCUGUUUUUAUGCCAAGUCGACUAUUAAGAUCACUAAUCCAAAUUUAUUUACCGACUACAGCUUUUUGUUUGUUUUUUUUAUUCCUCUAUUUCAACAUUUAAUAAGUAGUAUUUUUCAUGAAUGUGUUACAAAUUUAUAGAUGUUAUUUUGUAUGAUUGUACAAAUGUUUGCGAUUGUCGUCGGAGAACUAUCAUCAGUAAAUUUCCUUUAGAUCAAAAACAUUUACAUUUCUAAUUGAUUGUUAGAUGAUAUAAAGGUUUUAUUAUGGAUGGCGUAUAUAAUCUCGCUGUCCUAUAAUAAUCUUUUCAGUGAUUAAGUCAAAGUAGUAAACAUUUUUGGCAAAUGGUAAGUCUUUCAUUGCAACCUUCUCCACAUUAAACAUGGUCAUUUAUCAAACACCUACUUCAUAUUAUGUUUUCAUCUUACUGACUGUAGACCCAUUCCGCCGCUUAUUAAAUCAUUAGUAAUGUUUGCUUCAUAGGGCACCCCGAAUAAUAAUGAUAAGACGCAUAAAAGAAUUCCCACUUCCUCAUGUCUCAUAGUAGAUUAUUUUCAGUAUAUAUUUAUAGAAGUGUUUUGCCCACUUUCUUUCUUGAUUAUUUUCAGGGUGUUCGCAAAAACGCAACUGGAUGCUCAAAGUUAACAAAAAUUCCACUUUUAACCCUCAAAAUUAACGCCAAAUGAUCACUCAUAUCUUAAUUCAUGUCUCAUGCCAUUCUGGAUACUCUUUUAGCAUCAUUUCUUUACAAACUUAUUAUACACUUAAAUUUUCACCUGUAAUUUGCUCCAUAAUGGUAUGUGUAUGUAUUUCUAUUUAGAGACCAUCCAUAUACAGUCGGUAUGUAUUCGCUUCUUCACUCCUUAAUUUGUACGGAUUUGUCUUUCUGUCUUGUCUUAGAUAUUCUGUUCCAAGCAGUGUAUAAUAUACUGUAGUUCACAUAUUCACUCUCAUGUGGAGUAUUCACUUCAUGCUAUAGAAUACUGGGUGCGCUUAAGUUUCAGUCAUAAUAAUUCCCAUCCCCUUUUACGGACAAUUGGUUCAUUAUGUUGACUCGUAACUUCGUCUUAUAGUAGUCCAAAUACUAUAAACUCUUCUACUUGUACUACCAAAUAAAGGGAAUACAUAUUUGAGUCUCUUCCCUUGUGGUUCACAAACCAGUCAACAAGGAUAAUCUGCAGAAGAGUUAAUAGAUGAUACUUACACAUCCGUAUCGUCGCUAGAUAUAAUAUCAUCCUGUAUAAGAAGUAAAUUAUCUUCUGACUUAUGCAUGUAUUUUCUGACAAGCGAUGUUAAAUUAAUUGUUUUAGAGCGAAUUCCAAGAGCGUCAAUGUCUUUAUCGUAAUUCAGAUCACGCAAUAUAUAGAUUUACAAGCUUCGUAUGUCAAAUAAAAAAAGGUUUCAAUGGAAAAGACUGGAGGAAUUGUAUAAACUAUAAAUAACUCCAAAUCCCUUUUUUAGUGGUGUCGAAAUUUAGGUUGUUAUUUUAUGUUGUAUUAGUUGGAUGAAAAAACGGGGUUUUACCUUACACUAUUGAAGAAGUGUAAUGGGCUGAUCAAAAACAACUUAUGGAAUGCCCACGUAUUCAUCACAUUCAAUUUUUUUAUCAUCAUUUAAAGGACUUAAGUACGUAGCACUUGAAAGGUUGUAUUAAGUGUUGCUUGUCCAGUUUUCCAAUGUUUCAACUUCAGCACCGAAUGAUGAUUCUAAGCUAAAUCAGCUUCUGUUUUUGUUCUAACGUCGUCGAUUGACCUGAACUUUUAAUGACAUGGUUAGCCUGGUUCUCUGUAGUUCUGCCCGGUGAAACACUUGACCUGUCUAUGUCCGUCAAGACGGGAGCUGUUCAAAGCAAAUGUUUUUUGUCCAGUCUGUGUCCAAUGAGUUUCCAUCAUUCUAAACUGGGUUGUAACUUUUCAUUUCCACAGCUACUUGGAUGGUACUUUUAGUUUCUUAAACUGUCUGGAAAUCCCAUAUACCUAAUUGAGCUGUACCUCUAGUAGUUAGAAGGAACGUCGGGCUGGUGGCUUUCGAAGAAUGUCGACUACCGCCAUGAAAUUUCAAAACUCCAGAAUAUAGAUCUUGGUUUAAAUAUCUUUCUGGCUGGAAUAAUUUAACUACUUCCGCUUUUGUGAGGUUGAGCUGCUUAACCAUUCCCAAUUGUACUUUGCCAAGGCUUAAGAUCAGUACUAACCCUAGAAGGGCUCCAGGUGGAAUUACAACUGAGUUUGCGUAGGCAC